ACACACACACACACACACACACACACACACACACACACACUAUCGCAGGUAAUCCCGGAUGGAGAUGUAAAUCGGAUAUUUCUAAACAUAUCCCAAAUCCACCAUCUCAAUACCAACAUUCUCGAGGAGCUCCAGAAGCGAAUGGGCACAUGGCACACCAAAGAAGGACUGGGUGAUGUCAUUGAGAGACUAGCUCCAUUCCUAAAGCUCUACGCCCACUACACCUCUGGUUUCGAAGACGCCAUGAAACUCCUCACUUCCUGGACUAAGAGGGACAAGAAAUUCGAUGCUCUCGUCAGAGAUUUUGAACGUGAGUUAUCAACAGGACUGGGUGUGGCUCACUACAUGCUCGAGCCCGUCCAGAGAAUACCUCGCUACCGACUACUCUUGACAGACUACCUGAAGUACAUCCCGCCAGAUUCCCCCGACAGACAGCCAACACAGAAGGCUCUGGAGAUCAUCUCGGAGGCUGCCGACCACAGCAACGACAGGAUCAAAGAGCUUGAAAACUCCAACACCAUUCUAUCCAUUCAGCGCUCACUGCAGGACUUUGAGGGAACCCUCCUGGCUCCCGGUCGUCUCUUCGUUCGCAAGGGACAGCUUCAGAAAUUCUCACGCAAGACAACCACUCCUCGCAUGUUCUUCUUGUUUUCAGACAUGCUGCUGCACACUGAGCCAGCCGGGACCGAUGAGUACAAGUUUAAGAACGAGAUGCCAAUCUUCAUGAUGAAGGUCGAGGAGCCCGUGGUAUCUCUAGUACCACACAGCUUCAAUGUCGAGAGUACCACACGCUCCCUUAUCCUCGUUGCCAGUUCUGAGCCGGAGAAGAAAGAGUGGAUGAUGGCUUUGAGAAAAGGAAUCGGCGAGGAGAGGAAGAAGAGAGCUUCUCUUCGCAGAGAACUCAGUAUAAAGAUUGACUCGGGAGUGUUUGGAGCCCAGGCACCCAUCAUGGUACCCGACAAGAGUGUGACCAUGUGCCAGGUGUGCAGCACCCUCUUCACGUUCACCUUCAGACGACACCACUGCCGGGGGUGUGGUAAGGUCGUAUGUGGCAGCUGCUCGCAGUGGAAGGCGUUUCUUCGUUAUCUCAAAAAGAGUGAAAGAAUCUGCGAGAAGUGUUACAAUACCUCUAAAUCAGAAUCUGGUGAAGAAGUCACGGCGGCAGCGUCCUCGCCAAAGACGUCUCGAAGGAAGGAGGGUUCGGGCGGGAUUUUGGACCUGAAGGGGUACGAGGAGGACACCAUUAAAGGUGGCUACGUCCUGAGUCAAGACGGCCGCAGUGGAACCGCCUCUGGUACCAGCUGAAGCAAGACUUCUGUCUUUACAAAUUCAGGGCUCACGAGGUGUGGUUACGUAACAUGCAUGCUGUAGCUGCGUUCUGUGUAAGUACACCCUGACUUUGGUUUUUCCCACGAUUUUCGUAGAACCUGUGUAUAGAGAGACAGCGUUUUUUACAGUCAUUGUGUGAGGAGCAAGUAGAAAUGUUAAACUAAACAAUACGGCCCAGUGCAAAAAUGCGAUUAGGUUUCUGUUUUUUUUGUAUAUAUACUGCCACAUUCUCUUUAACAUACUUGUUCUAUAUAUAAUUCUGCAGGAUAUAAAGGCCAUCAGUGCUCUUCCAUUACCUGGCUACAUUGUAAAAUCGGAUCCUGAAACAUGCACAAUCACACUCACACAUCCUUCAUCCAAUAAGAAACUGAGCGAUACAUUCAAACCAGAGAUUCCUGAUGAUUUCGACUACUGGGUGCUAGCACUAGAGAGCGUCGUCCAGUUGGAAAUGCCUUCUCUUCCGCCGGACUCAAAAUCUCUCCUCCACCAUUUGACGAGAGACUGCGAUCACAGAGCCUCAGAAACCUGGACACAGUCAACCUUCCUGAGGGCAGCCCUCUGGAGAACUCUAUAUGAAUCCGUUUAGUUCACAGUCUAUGUUCGGUGUGUCUGUAAUUAAUCUUUCACCAGCUAGCUAUUACGCGGAAUUGCGCAAGAGACGAGCCCCGCCCCA